AUGACGCGUGGCAAGGAAGGGAGAGCAGCUGCAGGCAGAUCGAUCCUAUCACUGCAGCUGCAGGUCGAUCGAACCCAUCACUGCAGCUGCAGGUCGAUCGAACCCAUCACUGCAGCUGCAGGUCAAUCGAGCCCACCACUGCAGCUGCAGGUCGAUCGAACCCACCACUGCAGCUGCAGGUCGAUCGAGCCCACCACUGCAGUUGCAGGUCGAUCGAUCAUGCAUUUCUGCUGCAGGUCGAUCGGUCCCAUCACUGCAGCAGGAGCAGAGAUCGAUCGAGUAUGGGCCGAGCUGUAA